UUACAUCAUCAUCAUGGAAAGUUUGGGAAAUAUGGCCGCGCGCACACAGGGCAGAUUCGGCGACUGAAAGCUUCAGCGCGGUUCUAGUAGUGGCAGAGCGGCUUCGAGUGUUUACUUUUCACUUCGAGCUAUUUGAAAUGAGUGCACCAGCAUUGUACAGGUACAGGACAACAAAACAAUUUUGUGAAGAAUGCAGAACAGGACCUGAAGGAGCAAGACACAGGCCGCAUGCUCGAGUGAGAGAAACAGGGAUUCAUCUACGGAAAAUAGAAAAAGAAGUCGUCGCAAUAUUUCGUCGGGAACUUCUCACCGGCACCUCUUCUGUCUGAACGUAGCUGACCCUCUGACAAACGGACCCAAUUUUCUCUUUUAAAUUUACGUGGGAUGAGGACAGCACUCGGCAUUAAAGAAGAGGCAAGAGAUUCUUGUGACUUCGAGUCAUCACAUGCCAGGCCCUUUGGAAUCACAACUCCAUGAAAAUGAAGUUCUCUCUGGAGUUCCGGGAUCAGCCCGUGAGAGUGAAAUCGGAACCACCUGAUGUUGCAUGCCUGCCACAACAGGGCCAGGUACAUCAGCAGCACUGCAGCGAACAUCCUUCAGGAGGUGAUGCUUACGGAGUGACAGCUGGGAUGUGUGACGUUAAAGAGGAACCUCGAGAGGAAUCUUCAAAGGAACAUCCAAUCGUUGAAGUCAAAACGGAGCCUUAUAACGUUACAAUCUUGACUGGACAGGACCAAAUGGGACGCAAGUGUGAUUCAACAUCAGAAGGAGUGACAUCUGGGACGUGUCCUAUUAAGGAAGAACCUCGAGAGGAAUCUUCAAAUGAAGAUCCAAUCAUAGAAGUGAAAACAGAGGCUUACAAUGUUCCAGUCUUGGCAGAAGAGGAACAGAUGGGCUGUGACCCAACAUCAGGAGGCAUGACAGCUGGGACGUGUGACAUUAAAGAAGAAGCUCGAGAGGAAUCUUCAAAGGAACAUGCAAUCGUGGAAGUCAAAACGGAGCCUUAUAACGUUCCAGUCUUGACUGGACAGGACCAGGUGGGACACCACUGUCAAUCAACAUCAGAAGGAGCGAGAGAAACCGCUGCUUUGCUCCACGUGAACGACCAGCCCAGAGGCACUUGUGAUCACGAACCUUCAGGAUGUACUUCUUCAAAGGCACAGUUCAAGAUCUGCAAAAUAACGGUUGAACCACAAUUCGACAACACUCCACUAGUCACUACAAGCGAUCGACCCACUGGGCGUCUUCCAGGCCAGAGCAAGCUAUGUGCGCUUGAAUACAUGUCAAAAGACAGCCCGAGACACGACAUGUGCGCACAGUGUUACAAUGAGUCUGAAAUGUGUCCAGCUACUCCGCUGGAUGCUGAGAUGGGAGAUGAGUGCUUUAAGUAUGACGUCUGUCCCCCUAUAAUCUCGCGAUCUGGGAGCGACAAGAGCCACGUGUCAAAGCAUACUAUCGAGACGUCAUGCAAAUCUGAUCUCUCUUCUGCUCAGUUCCACCAGAGCAGGAGGCUGUGUUGUCACAGUCAAAUGCUUGUGGGCGAGAAGCCGCACAAGAGUGAUCUCUGCUCUGCGAAAUUCAGUGGGAUUGCGCACCAGCGGCUUCACAACCAAGCACAUACUGGCAAAAAGCCUUACAAGUGCGAUAUCUGCCCUGCGGAAUUCAAACGGAGUUCUCACCUGCUGAACCACAAGCGAACACACACGGGCGAGAAACCAUACAAGUGUGACGUCUGCCCUGCGGAGUUCAGUCGGAGCGGGAAACUGCAGCGGCACAAGCGAACACACACGGGUGAGAAGCCAUACAAGUGUGAUGUCUGCCAUGCUGAGUUCAGGCAGAGCGGGAAUCUACAGCAGCACAGGCGAACACACACGGGCGAGAAGCCAUACAAGUGCGACGUCUGCCAUGCCGAGUUCAGCCGGAGUGCGACGCUACAUAAUCACAAGCGGACACACACCGGCGAGAAACCAUACAAGUGCGAUGUCUGCCCUGCGGAGUUUAGCCGGAAUGGGAACCUGCAGCAACACAAGCGGACACACACGGGCGAGAAGCCAUACAAGUGCCAUGUCUGUCCUGCGGAGUUCAAUGACAGAGGGCACCUACAGUGUCACAAACGGACACAUACGGGAGCAAGAGAAACCGCUGCUUCGCUCCACGUAAAGGACCAGCCCAGAGGCAUUUGCGAUGAAGAAUCAUCAGGUUGCACUUUUUCAGAGACACCGUUCAAGAUCAGCGCAAUAACCGUUGAACCACAAUUUGACAGCACUUCACGAGUCAUUACAAACGGUCGAGCCACUGAACGGCUUCAAGACCAAAGCGAGCCAUGUGCACUUGUGUACGCGUCGAAAGACAGCCGGAAACACCACACGUUUGCACAGUGUCAGAAUGAGUCUGAAAUGUGUCCCACUGUUCCUCCACUGGCUGCUGAAAUGCAAGAGGAGGGUACUGGGUGUGUCAUCUGUUCCUCCUCUCUUCCUGCAUUCUCGCGGUCGAGUGACCAGCACAUCGCAAAGUUCAACCGGAUUGUGCACCAGUUGCGCCUUCGUAAGCGAGCGUGCACGGGUGAGAAGCCAUACAAAUGCCAUGUCUGCCCUGCACAGUUCACCCGGAGUGCCCAACUGAAGUAUCACUGGCGGACACACAAGGACGAGAAGCCAUACAAGUGCAAUCUCUGUCCUGCAGAGUUCAGCGUAAGCGGGAAUCUACAGCAGCACAAGCGGACACACGCGGGUGAGAAGCCAUACAAGUGCAAUUUCUGUCCUGCAGAGUUCAGCCGGAGCGGCCUCCUACAACGUCACAGGCAGACACACACGGGUGAGAAGCCAUACAAGUGCGAUGUCUGCCCUGCAAGGUUCAGUCAGAGCGGGAAUCUACAGGGUCACAUGCGCACGCACACAGGAGAGAAGCCGUACAAGUGCGAUGUAUGCCCUGCGCAGUUCAGAUUGGGCGGCCACCUACAGCGUCACAAGCAGACACACACGGGCGAAAAGCCAUAUAAGUGCGAUGUCUGCCCUGCAGAGUUCAGCCGGAGCAGCCACCUAAAACGUCACAAGCAGACACACACGGGUGAGAAGCCAUACAAAUGCCAUCUCUGCCCUGCACAGUUCACCCAGAGUGCCCAACUGAAGUAUCACUGGCGGACACACAUGGGCGAGAAGCCAUACAAGUGCAAUCUCUGUCCUGCAGAGUUCAGUGUAAGCGGGAAUCUACAGCAGCACAAGCGGACGCACACGGGUGAGAAGCCAUACAAGUGCAAUUUCUGUCCUGCAGAAUUUAGGCAGGGCGGCCAUCUACAGGGUCACAUGCGCACGCACACAGGAGAGAAGCCAUACAAGUGCGAUGUCUGCCCUGCAGAGUUCACCCGGAGCAGCUAUCUACAGCAUCACAAGCGGAGACACACGGGCGAGAAGCCAUACAAGUGCGAUGUCUGCCCUGCAAAGUUCUGCCGGAGCGGCCACCUACAAUGUCACAGGCAGACACACACGGGUGAGAAGCCAUACAAGUGCGAUGUCUGCCAUGCAGGGUUCAGUCAGAGCGGGAAUCUACAGGGUCACAUGCGCACGCACACAGGAGAGAAGCCAUACAAGUGCGAUGUAUGCCCUGCGCAGUUCAGAUUGGGCGGCCACCUACAGCGUCACAAGCAGACACACACGGGCGAAAAGCCAUAUAAGUGCAAUGUCUGCCCUGCAGAGUUCAGCCGGAGCAGCGACCUAAAACGUCACAAGCAGACACACACGGGCGAGAAGCCAUACAAGUGCGAUGUCUGCCCUGCAGAGUUCAGCCGGAGCGGCCAUCUACGGGGUCACAAGCGCACGCACACAGAAGAGAAGCCAUAGAAGUGCAAUGCCUGCCCUGCAGAGUUCAGCGAGAGCAUAAAUGUACAGCAUCACACGCAGACACACACAGGCGAGAAGCCAUACAAGUGCGAUGUCUGCCCUGCAGAGUUCACCCGGAGCAGCUAUCUACAGCAUCACAAGCGGAGACACACGGGCGAGAAGCCAUACAAGUGCGAUGUCUGCCCUGCAGAGUUCAGCCGGAGCGGCCAUCUACGGGGUCACAAGCGCACGCACACAGAAGAGAAGCCAUAGAAGUGCAAUGCCUGCCCUGCAGAGUUCAGCGAGAGCAUAAAUGUACAGCAUCACAUGCAGACACACAGGCGAGAAGCCAUACAAGUGCAACGUCUGCCCUAUGGAGUUCAUCCAUAGCACAAACCUACAUCGUCACAAGCAGACGCACACAGGUGAGAAGCCAUACAAAUGUCAUAUGUGCCCUGCAGAGUUCAGCUACAGUGGGAACCUACAGCAGCACUAGCGGACACAUACGGGCGAGAAGCCAUACAAGUGCAAUAUCUGCCCUGCGGAGUUCAGCCAAAAUGUGGACCUACAGAAUCGCAAGUGGACACACACGAGUGAAAAGCCGUACAAGUGCGACGUGUGCCCUGCAGCAUUCAUCCAGAGCGGAAAGCUUCGGCACAAGCUGGGACGUGCUGCCGAGUUCGGCCAUAGCAUGAGUCGGUCGUAUCCAUAGCUCGGCAUCUAGAUAAAUAAAGCAUGAGUUGAGCCACAGGCCACGCA